UCGAAUUCAUUUGUCGUCGUGCUCUCGUUCUUUCUCACAUUGUCCUGGCUGAACUUGACAUUUUCCUCGAGUUGCUCAUUUCUACGCGACGGCCAACAUUGGUCGAACCCAGCAAGAUGAAAGGUUCAUCACCGUUUCCUUCCUCGUCGCCCACCUCGAGCAGGCACGAUGGAGAGAUCGCUUUUCUGAACCAUUCGCCCAACACCGUUGCCAAUUCCUUGCCCCCAGACGUAGACAACAAGCCUCUUGCUCGUCAGAAGCGCAGAAGAACGAGCAAGGAAGACGAAGAGGUGUUGAAGGCCGAAUAUCAGAAAAAUCCUAAGCCGGACAAAGCUGCACGUAUCGAGAUCGUGAGCAAGGUCGCAUUGGGCGAGAAAGAAGUGCAGAUCUGGUUUCAGAACAAGAGGCAGAACGAUCGCCGCCGUGCGCGACCCGUUGACCAUCCUUCCACGCCGCCAUUAAUGUCUUCGUCUUCUACCAUGUCAGACCCGCCCGUGCCAGAAGAAAUGAAUGCGCACGACGACGCGAUCCCGGAGCCUGAGCACGCCCGCGAUGCAACCCCGCACGACGGCGAAAUUGCGGAGCCUCCCGCUGAUGUCGCUGAACCCGCCCAACCCGCCGAUUCCGAGGAGUCCUUCGAGGAAACGCGCCAAAAUCGGAAAGUAGAGGACGCGACGGUCUUUGCAGAGCUCGUUGAGUCUAGUCAUGCUGGGUCUGGACACGACCGAGCAAUAUCAGAAGAAGCAGUAGCAGAAAGCCCAGAGCCUGCGAAGACCGAGUCGCAGGCUACAGCGGACUCGACCGUCGUUCCUUCCACCGAUCCUCACACAAUCGAUACCGCACCGACUGAACUCAGCAGCUCGCAGCAGAAUGCAUCCUCACAGGGCGGUUCCCAGUCGCGCACCAACUGGAUCUCAAACCGCCGCAGCGCGUCCUUCAUGCGCUCUGCUGACGACUAUGCGCCGGAGACGAUAACGUUCCCUCAUUUCGCACCGCCUACCACUACAAACGCGCCCAUGACCGCGACUACGCCCUCCACUACCACAACGCGAACGAUGAAGCGCGCGCAUUCUUUUGUGCGCAUAUCGACGAAUGAAGACGGCACGGCGCGCGUCGUCACCGACCUUGACAAGACACCUUCUCCCCCGCAUGCUAGGACGAGCAACGCACAGUUCGCGCGUGCAGCAGCAGGCCUCCGAAGGAGCUAUAGUGCGGCAGGCUUGAACGAGCGACUGGCUGCUGUCGCCCGGGGUGAGGAGCGCAGUCCCAAAAUACCACGGACAUCCACAAUAGGCCGCAGUCGGGACUCGCGCGCAUGGGAGUUCUGGUGCGAUCCGGACACGCGAUACAACACUAGCCUGACAACGCGUGCGGAACAAGAAGGCAGCGGCAGCGCGGCCGAUGCUAUCGGGCUCCUUCGAGCAAACAGGCGGAUACUACAGCAGAACCAGGCGCGCCAGAACUCACCAGUCAUACCACGGCAUCACUCUGUAAAGGUGUCACCCAAAUACGGUGUCAAAAAGGCACGCAGCCCCAUGCAGCGCGCUGCCACCAUCAACGGCCGUCUCCAGUCCAAGGGCAGCAGCAGCAGCGACUCCGACGAGCUACCACAGACCGAAUCCGACAAGGAGAACUGGAUUCCGGACGUGCCGAAGUCGCAGCAGCGGUCACGGAAGAUCCAAGAGUCUCCUGCUGUACAGCGCACGCGCCAGAUCCUCGGCGAGAAUAGCGAGGUCAUGUCGCAGAGCAACAGCCUGGGCGCCAUGCUCGACAAGUCGACGCCAAAGAAAGGCGGGCGCAAGUUCUCUGAUCCCGAGCAAGACGACGAACUGAAGGCCUUCAUGGGUGGCAGCACAAGUGCUAGGACCGCUGUGAGCUCCGCUGAAGAGGCGGGUUGCGUCGAAGGGCUGCUGAAGCUGAGCCAGGGACAGUGGAGAUGAGAGUCGCCCACAGUAUCGGAGACGGUCCGCCCUGGUACACAAGUUGUGUUACCCUAGGAUUUGCUCUGGGAAGAUGAUUCUGACGAGCCAACGUGCAUUCAGUUCUGUCUCGCUGUUAUGGCACCUGCUGUUGAUGGGGGCUGGCUUUCUCCCCUCCGCCUUCGAUGUUUCACGACAACUAUUCUUUUGUUUCUCUUCGUCUGUAUGCAUUUCGAGCGGGAAGGAUGGGUUGGCGUUAUUUUGGGGACAACAUGUUGACGUUAUUGCUGGAACAACAUGUGGGUUUUAGACAGGUGUUUGAUCUUGGGCCGGCAAUAAGCGGCGGAUAUUAUUGUAGGAAGGUCUUAACGAUGGCAAGG